GUCUCUGCCAGUGUCACUGCAACUCUACGAACCAGAAAUUACUGGAGUGUUGCACCGCGCAAAACAUUUCAGUAGCGUAGCUGAUGGAAGCGGAGCCCGUUAGACAUGUGCGCGAACGUUUUCGGCGCGUUGAAAAGCCUGUUUGGGAAACCCUUUGAUGGUGGGAAGAGGACGAUGGAUCAUGGCAGUCAGCAGUCACAGACUCAACAGAUGCCAGGACCCUUCCCAGGUUAUGCCGGACCCCAGGGCCCGUACCCUGGGCAGCACCCAUCCCUGUUACGGCUGGAUGAGGUGCAGAGGGAGAUCGCCACCCUGGGCCCACAGGUGUGCUCUUACAGCGGCCUGCAGAACGACAGAGAGUACAAACGACUGGAGCGAGAGCUGACCCGAUUAUUGCUGGAGGUGGAUAAGGUGGAGACGGAGGGCCGGCCGGAGCUUCAGCAGGCCCGAAAGCGUGCGGCGGGAGAGGUCGAGGGUCUGCUUCGGUACCUGGAGGGUAAUGCUACGCAUCCAUCUCGGCUGGCCAUCGAGGAGCUGACCCAGGAGGCGCAGAACAUGCUGAACGUAGGGGUUGUGGGGCCGUUCCGGCAAGGCCAGGCUCUAGAAGCCUUUGAGAUCAGUGAGGAGCUGGUGGAGGCUGUGCAGGACGUGGCCAUGCGGCUGGCUCAGGUCAAGACGGGUGGGAGCGUACCACUCAGGAAGGCCCGUUACAAGGCGUUGACAAGGGUCUGUGCCGUACAGGAAAUACUGGAGGGUCGCGUACGCACUAAUACGCUGGCGCUGCCACUCUCUGACGACACGCACGAGGCCGUGCAGCGCAUUAAUCAAAUUAUGGCGCAGGUGAGUGGUGCCCGAUGCCAGGAAGUGGCUCUGCUGAUGGGUCUGAGUGGGCGUGAUAGCUGUACCCACCUAGCAAGGAUCCUCACAGAGCUGUUGGUUGAACUGGACGCCCUGGAUGUGUCUAGUAACGCUGCUGUGAGGAACUACAGAAAACAAGUGGUGGAGGAGAUCAAUGGUCUGCUAAAACAUCUUGACCUGGAGGGAGAAGGAGACGACACACGCAGGUAUGAUCUAGCACAGAAUGACUCGAUUCGUGAAAUUGAGGCGAUUAGGGGGCGUGUCUCAGUGCUGCGGGAGGAGGUGCUCCGGCAUGGUGCCACAGGACAGGGGGCGGAGCUGCAAGGUCUCCUUACGCACCUGGAUCAGGUGGACACGGGGCGAAAUCCCUGCAUCCGGGAGGCACGGCGCAGGGCUGUGUUGGAAGUUCAAGCACUCAUCACCUUCCUAGACCUCUGGGAGGCUCUAGGACGUCGUAACCCUGGAGCAGAUGAGCCUCCACCUCACGCGGCCGUGUGGCGUGUCUUAGCCAGCCUGUGCGAACUCCAGGCUCAGGUGUUGGGCUUUGACGGCAAGAGGGCUGACAAGAGCUACAUGGUAUUGGAAGAGCUACUGACCAAACAACUUCUGGCUCUUGAUGCUGUGGACCCUCAAGGGGACGAGGGGACCAAACUUGCCCGCAAGCAAGCUGUUAAACACGCCCAGAAUAUCCUUAGUUACCUGGAUAUGAAGACAGAUGAGUGGGAGUACUGAGAGGCCGAUAAAAGACUGCAGUAUUGCAGAGAUUUCCCUGAAUAAGGAGCCGCAAGAAAAAGGCAAAAGCUUUUUUGCCUCGUGUGCGACAUCAGGACAAGACACGGCCGUGCCGAGGAUACAGGCCAUGGGCGGAAUUUUUAAUUUGUAUAUAAAAGACUUCGUGUUUCGCCGUGGGCAGCGAGACUGUUACCCAUGAUGCACUGCACCUGCUGCUUUUGUUGGUCCAUUACUGGUCCCUGAAAACAGCCUUUCUUCUGGCAGAAGGAAACCCGGUUUCUACUGCCAUGAAGCAUUUGUUUUCAUGACAAUAAUCCAUGAUCUUUUUAGUUGAAUCUGUGCUGUUGAUUGGUGUGGUGUGGUGCUAAACCCUGUUCUGCUGCCAAAAUCUGCUUCCUGCUUUACCACAUGCCUGUGUGGAACAAAUUUCAGUCUUUAUCACGGUGUGAACACAUCAGCUCUUCAUUCCUAUCCAGUUAGAGCCAUAUAGGAGCACAUUAUGCCCUGCUAUGACCACAACAGGUUGUUCAGCGGGCCAUUUCCCGUUAAUCACACAUAAUGGAAAAGGCAGCCCCAGCUUAGUAUUCAUAGGUUUAAUCUCUUCUCUAAAUUGCACUUUCAGAGCCUAAGCUUCUCUCGCUACAGUUAUUAGCUGCGUAUAAACAAGAACUGACCCUACAUGUGGGAACGAUUGUUUUUACAUUCAUAUAUCCCAUUAAGAAAAUUGUAUCUUAAAAUAGAUGACGCAGUAAAUAAACAUUGGUUUGUGAUAUUAGUUUAAAGAUGAAGUGCGGAAUUUUAUUUUAACAUGAAAUUACAGACUUCACCUUUAAAGAAGACUUUUUGACAUAAAAUAAGAAGAAUGUGAGUGAACCAGUGAGAGAAACAGCUAAAAAAAAAAUCAAUCAGAUUUCUAACCCUUCCUGCAGUUUUGCCAUAUUUCAGAGGAUGGAGGCCAAAAUUGCAAUGAGGUAUUGUCUUUGGAGACGUUUCUUUUUGGUAUCGAUAUGGAGGCCAAAAAUAGAAACUAGUUCACGAUUUGCUUUUUUUUUGCUGUUAGGCAUUAAGUGCCUGUGCAAGCCACCAGGGAAUAGAGCAGAGACUGAAAGAGUGUGUCUGUGAUUGUUUAAAAAAAAAAAGUGGUGCAUGCUAUUUUGGUAGUGAGACUGAUCAAAGUGGACAGGGGCGUUCUAGAACAUUUUCAUUGGAGCGGCAUGGAAAGACAGCAAGCUAUCAAACAAGCACUGAAAAACUGGCUACAUUCACACAGUUGAGCGUGACCCAAAUCUGAUUUUUUUUCAAAGGGGGACAGCAAAAAAUACAUUUAAUAUGACAUUUUUACCAUAUAUUAAAUAUAUGGUUCACUUUCAUAUGUGGGAAUAAGUUGGUUAAAGUGAUUCCCCCAUAUGACUGUAUUGUGAAUUCAUACAAGAUUUUGUUUUGUUUUUUUAUUUACCCUUGAUUCCAAAACAUUUAUGUAUUACAUUCUAAAAAGUAUUACACAGAAAGGUGCAAAAGUAUAAAACUUAUAAUUGUAUAAAACUGUAACCAUUAUUAGUCACCACUGUGGGUUUUCAUUGGCCAAUAUGAAUACAGUUAUCUAGAGAGCAGAUGGUUGAUAUAGGAUAAUACAAUAAGGCAAUAAAGUGCAACAGGUGGGUUCCGGAAAAAUCUCUUUCAUUUUCUCUAAAGGGGAAUUGAUUUUGAAUCAUAACUACUGUGAGCUACUUGGUUGUUAGUCGAUGCUUUAUUUCACCCAUGAUCCUGGGGAGAAAUCUCCAUUCUCCACCAGUCAGAGAAUUGAGACUAUAGUGAAUCACGUCAAAGAACUCUUUAGCACUCUCCCACUACCACAAAGCACUGGCAAAUUACGUAAUAGCGUUAAUCUCCCUACACUUUCGAGCUACUUAAAUAUUUGUAUACAUAAUAUGCAUAUUUUGCAAUAAACAUAACUUUAACUCAA